AUGGCGCACGUAACUGCGUAUUUUGCAGCUCGGGACUACACAAAACCUGCGAUUGACUGUCGCAUCGCCGAGCUGUUGAAAAGAAGAGUUGCUUUGGAGAAAAUACCCACCGAAAGUUUGAAAGAGCGACUCGCGAAAUUUAAAGAGAAUCGAAACGCUAGACAAGGAUUGCUCAAGGCAACGCACAGACAGGUCUUGGAAGUUGCUGCCUUUAUUUUAAAUAUAGAUCCUGAUACCUUGGAAGAAGGAGUUAUUGAUAGAGACGAAUACAUCAGUGUUCUUGAUAGUUUCUUUGUCAAAGAUGGGAAACGUGCGAUUCUUAUACACUAUCAGCCAAUGGAACCACCUCCGUUUGAGUCAGGAAGAUGGAUCCCGCAAUAUGAAGAAGAAAUUGAAGUAAUACGUUGCUGUGUCACUGAUGGUUCUACGGAACAACUUUCUGGCAAAUGUGUUAUAGUUUAUAGACUAAAAUCAGACACUGAUUUAGAAACAAAGCAUCUUCAAGAUGAAGCAUAUUAUGCAUAUGCAGAAGUUGAUCCAGUAUCUCAAAGCGCACUUGCAGCCAUAUCAGAUGUAAUUCUGAGGCUAAACUUGCCAGCAAUAAUUGCUAACAAAGUAUGGGGUGAACUGUCAAAAUCUGAAGCCGGUGACAAAGUCACAAACAACUUUAUUUGUGACUUUAGAGACUUUUGUGAAUUUUUAAGCAUGACAAAGCUAGACUUAGAGAACAUAAUAAGAUUUUAUACUGAUUGGGAGGUUUAUAACAAGUACUUAGCAUCACCAGAGGACAAUAAGAAAAGUCUUAGUAAUCCAGAAGCUAUAGAAGCUAUAGAAAGUAAUGUCAGGCUAUGGAAGAAAAGUAUGGAACGGGCUGUUGUUCAGAGUCAACAAUUACGCAGAGAGACAGAAACAAUGGGACCAAAUGCAGAACUCGCUUAUUGGAGAAGAUUGCUUGCUCGUUUCUCAUCAAUUAUUGAACACAUUAAAUCCCCAUUUACUCAGAAAUAUAUAGAUUUUUUGACAAAAAUAAAAUCGAAACACAUAAAAAAAUGGAGGUUGCUGGAACGUCACGUUCAAAUGAUCCAAAUUCUCGCACAAGAUAAUGUAAAAUAUUUAUACGCGCUAGAGAAAUUUACUCAACCUUUGUACAGGCUUGAUCCAACAAAAAUAGGAGAAUAUUUGCCUCCUCUCAUGUACGUUAUACGAAUGAUAUACGCCACUUCCCGAUUUUUUAAUACCAGACGAAUGGUCACAGCGGUGUUUGUAAAAGAUUGCAUUAAAUUAUGCGAACAGUAUUACGAAUAUUAUACCGAAAUGUGCAAAAGUGUAAGGGAAUCUGCCGAUGAAAAACCUUUCGAGGUAUCUGAAAUGUACGUUUUCGGCAAGUCUAAUACUUUCAAAGCGAGAAUAAUAAAAGUCAGUGGUAAAUUAAUUUCAUUAAAUCACUCCCCUUACCCCCUGAAAAUGAGGAAAUCACUAAAAAUAAAUUACAAAUACAAAUUUCAGAUUAUGGAUGUUUUACAAACAACGUUAACAUAUCUGAUUCUUUACAAUUCUGCAAUAGAGGGGAUAGAUGUGUUUGCCAACAGAUUCUCCGGUUUCUUUCAGGACGUUUCGUCCAAAGACUAUGACCCAUUAAAUCAUAGGAAGCCAUAUUUUGAUUCUGAUUACGACAACUAUAAGAGAAAUGUAGCCGAGACGGAAAUCGAAUUAAGAAACUUCUUUUACAAAUGCGUCUCGGAAGUGCCAAACAUAACAGAAGCAUUGAGGGUAGUAGCAAGAUUUCAAAAAUUGAAGUUCAAACAUCUGAGAAUCGACAGGAAGUACUUAGAGCUCAUUACGCUAUUCCAAAAAGAAAUCGAGGAUGUACGAGAUAGAUAUAACGAGGAUAGAUCGGAUCCUCCGAUACCGCGGAAUGUUCCACCUAUUGCUGGCCGUAUUUUAUGGAUCCGGCAACUUUUCAGGCGUGUCGAAACUCCGAUGGAAAUAUACAAAGGAUGCAGGAGAGUGAUUACUCACGACCACAUGCAGAGAUGCAUUAGAAUUUACAACGCCUUGAUCAGUGUCUUUAUACAUUAUGAAAUGAUAUAUCACAAAGCAUGGUACGAUUGUUCAGAGAUUGUUCGACUGGCGUUAGCAUCACCUUUGAUAAUAAGGCACCCAGAUACGAACAAGUAUCAUCUGAACUUCGAUUCGUACGUUAUCGAGGUGAUACGCGAAUCAGAGCAUAUGGCUAGGUUUGACUUGGAGGUGCCAGAUUUCAUACAGAUAAUAACCUUCUGUAAAGAGAAGAUUUUCUCAUCACGAACGAUACCGAUAUUGUUCCUGACUUUGAUAAAGAUCGUUCUCGUUAAUCUCGAGAUCGCCUUUCAACCUUGUUUAUCAGUGAUCACGUGGACGUCGUUGAACAUUGACGAAGUGUGCAAGGAGAUAAAGAAUGCACUUACGUCGGUGCAGAUUUUCGUCAAGGACAUAACAGACAUGAAAGAAGCAAGGGUCGAUGAAGUCCUCGAAUCCAUAACGGAAGUUGUCCUAGUGAAACUCGAUGAUUAUGCAAAGACCCCUGCUCAACUUUUGGACGAUAAUAUCGCCUACGGGCUGGCAACAGCAGCUGAUUUGGAAAUUAAAUCGUCAGCAGCGGAGAAAGCAGUUACCGCUAUUAUCAAUAAGUUUAUGGACUUCAUAAUCGACGAGACUGUUCAGGAUAUUAAAUACAACUGGAUGGAUCCGGAUAAAAUACACAAGCAUAUAUCACAGACGAAAUUGACAAAGGGAAAAUAUGAGCCAGGUUUCGCCCCUAUCGAGAGAACACGUAAAGUCCAAAUAAACCGGGUGCACAAUGAUUGCAUGGAGUUAUUCGCUUAUUUCCAUAAUAAACUCGUAGAAGCCUUGGUGAAGUGCACUAAAAACUCGCUCGAGCUUCAUCUGAUAAAAGAUAAUGACGAAUUGAGGAUGAAGCCGAUACUUUUGACGACGUUCGUCUUGCAAAUACCAAAUAUCGUGAUAGUACCUCCUAUAGAGGAAUUGCAGUAUUGUUUUGGGAAAUUAGUGACUGGCGUUCUGGAAAUUUACAAACAGGUCACAGCGUGGGGACAACGUUACUAUGAUCUGAAAUCUGGAAAUGCCGUAGCAAGUACACAAGAAAAUAAUGCAGUUCAUCGGAGGAAUUAUUAUCACAUGAUAUCGGAUCACAAGGAGAUAGUGCGUAGCAUAAUGAGCCUGCAAGGUGCAAUCUUUGCCGUAAAGCAAGACAUCGACGAACUUGCCAAUACUUACUUGCAAUAUUCUUACAUAUGGUCCGAGGACAAGGAUAAUAUCAUUCAAAGUUUCGUCGAUUCCGAGCCCAUCACUCAAGAGAUCAAAGAGAAGUUCAUGGAGUAUGACAAUUUAGUCAAUGAGAUUCAAAAUCUGCCAAAGAAACACGUAGUCGGCCCUAUAGAAAUUACCAUGGGUAACAAGUUGAAGUUAGCAUUUCUGGUUGAAGCACGUGUAUGGAAGAUAUUACUCGGGCAGAAGUUGUCUGUUACUUACAAGGAGAAAUUAAAAAGGAUCACGGAAUACAUAAACGAGAAGAACAAGGUUUUAGCCAGGGAAAUAAAGGACCUGGAGGACGUAAGGAUCGCGAUGAAGUGUUUAAGCGAGAUACGUGACGAUUUCAUAUCGUUGGACAUAGAAUUGAUCUUGAUCGAGGAAACGUACACAUUGAUGGGGAAGUUUAAUAUUCUUGUCUCGAAGGAGGAACAGGAUAUCGUGGAUGGUUUACGAUACAAUUUCACAAACAUGUUGAACACGGCGAAACAAGUACAAGCAAAGAUAUGCGAAAUGCAAGAGCCAUUGAAAAAGGAAUUGACGUAUGGUGUUGCGUUAUUUAAGCAAGAUGUGAUCAAUUUUGAUUUUGACUUUGAGCUGAACGGCCCUAUGGUUGAAGGGAUACCGGCUAAAGAAGCUAGUGAUCGGCUGAUAUUCUUUCAAGGCCGUCUCGACGAGUUAUGGGAGAAGUACCAGACUUACAGCAGCGGGGAAAGUUUAUUCGGUAUUGAGAUAACAGACUACCCGGCUCUUCAUCAAAGAAAGAGGGAAAUUAACUUACUGCAGAAGUUAUACUCCUUGUAUUUGCAAGUUAUACGGACGAUCGACAACUAUUACGAGAUACCUUGGUCAGAGAUCGAUAUCGAAUCCAUAAUGACCGAACUAGCUGAUUUUCAGAAUAGGUGUCGACGACUACCAAAGGCUAUGAGAGACUGGCCAGCCUACAUCGACUUGAAAAAGAAGAUCGACGACUUUAACGAAACUUGCCCACUGUUAGAGCUGAUGGCUAAUAAAGCGAUGCAAGACAGACAUUGGGAAAGAAUGUCGAAAUUAUGCAAAUACUACUUUGACGUUGAGUCGGAGGCGUUUACAUUGGCCAACGUGAUGCAGGCACCUUUGUUGAAGUACAAAGAUGAAGUUGAAGAUAUAUGCAUAAGCGCAGUGAAGGAGCAAGAAAUAGAGAGCAAAUUGAAACAGAUCAUAGCAGAAUGGGCGAUUGUGGAUUUACAAUUCUCCACGUUCAAGCAGAGAGGAGAAUUGCUCUUAAAAGGCAUGGAAACGUUGGAGAUAAUAUCUCAACUUGAAGAUAGUUUGAUGAUCAUCAGUUCACUGUUGGCAAAUCGAUAUAACGCGCCUUUCAAAAAGGACAUACAACUGUGGCAAAAUAAACUCAGCAAUACCUCGGAGAUCUUGGCAAAAUGGCUGAAUGUUCAGAAUCUAUGGGCUUAUUUAGAAGCUGUGUUCAUUGGCGGAGAUAUAUCGAAACAACUUCCAGCGGAGGCGAAACGUUUCAACAACAUUGACAAAGCGUGGAUAAAGAUAAUGUAUCGAGCACGUGAGAGGGUGAACGCAGUGGAAACUUGCACAGGAGAUGAAACAAUGGGACAAUUCUUGCCACAUUUGUUGGAACAGUUGGAAUCUUGUCAGAAAUCUCUCAGCGGAUAUUUGGAAACGAAACGAAGCAUAUUUCCAAGAUUUUGUUUCAUAUCAGACCCAACGUUGCUAGAAAUACUCGGCCAAGCAGCAGAUUGUCACACCAUACAGAAAUAUCUCGAUGGUUUCUUCGACAAUAUAGGAAAAUUGGAGUUUCACGAGAAAGAGUAUGAAAGGAUCGUAGCCAUGUAUUCGCGCGAAAAUGAGAAAGUGUUAACAGAGAAGGAUGUUAUAUGUACAGGGCUCGUGGAGAAUUGGUUGAACACUUUGUUAAUGGUUCAUCAAUUCUCUGUUGGCAGUGUAAUCUCCCAAGGGUUGCUAACUCUUCCCAACGAAGACUUCGAUAUUAUACAGUUGAUCGACAAUUCAAUUUUACAAGUAGGAUUAUUAGCCUUGCAAGUCUUAUGGACUCAUGACUCUGAAGUAGCUCUCAACACAGCAAGACGAGACAGAAACGUAAUGAAGCGAACAAACCAAUGGUUUCUCGAUUUAUUGAACAGUCUCAUUGAAGUAACCGUUAAAGACUUAUCGAAGUACGCGAGAGCGAAGUACGAGGCAUUGAUUACUAUUCAUGUGCAUCAAAGAGAUAUAUUCGACGAUCUGUGCCGCAUGAGAAUUCGCAAUGUCGGUGAUUUCGAGUGGUUGAAGCAAUGUAGAUAUUAUUACGACGCUGAAACAGAAGACGUUCCUAUACAAGUAACGGAUAUAGAUUUCGUCUAUCAGAACGAGUUUCUAGGUUGCACCGAUCGACUUGCCAUUACACCCCUUACUGAUAGGUGCUACAUAACAUUAGCUCAAGCCGUGGGUAUGAACUUUGGAGGUGCACCAGCAGGGCCGGCCGGCACUGGUAAAACAGAAACCACGAAGGAUAUGGGGAAGGCCCUUGGAAAAUACGUGGUGGUAUUUAAUUGCUCCGACCAAAUGGAUUUCCGCGGUCUAGGCAGAAUAUUUAAAGGAUUAGCCAUGUCCGGAUCCUGGGGCUGCUUCGACGAGUUUAAUCGUAUCGAUUUGCCAGUUUUGUCCGUCGCUGCUCAGCAGAUAGCGAUUGUACUUACAGCAAGAAAGGAAAGGAAAACAAAUUUUCUUUUUAGUGACGGUGAAAUAUACCAAUUAAGCUACGAGCUUGGCAUUUUCAUCACUAUGAAUCCUGGCUACGCUGGUCGCCAAGAAUUGCCGGAAAAUUUAAAGAUACAAUUUAGAAGCGUCUCCAUGAUGGUUCCUGAUAGACAAAUAAUUAUGCGUGUAAAAUUGGCAGCUUGUGGUUUUAAAGAGAACGUUCUAUUGGCACGGAAGUUCUUCACGUUGUAUAAAUUAUGCGAGGAACAAUUAAGCAAGCAAGUGCAUUAUGAUUUCGGCUUGAGAAACAUAUUGUCUUGCUUGCGAACUCUCGGUGCACAGAAACGAGCGAAUCCCACCGAUUCUGAGGAAACUACUUUAAUGAGAGUUUUGAGGGACAUGAAUCUGUCGAAAUUAGUAGAUGAAGACGAGCCCUUGUUCAUGUCUCUCAUCGAAGACAUGUUCCCAGGCAUCAAGCUCAGAGUUCAAAUAUACAAAGACUUGCAAAAAGCACUUGCAAAUGCAACUGUUGCUCUUGGUAUAAUGAACCAUCCAGAAUGGAACUUGAAGGCAGUUCAAUUGUACGAAACCUCUUUGGUCCGCCACGGCUUGAUGGUGCUUGGACCAACAGGAUCCGGAAAAACUAUGUGCAUGUGGGCUCUUAUGAAAGCUCUAACAGAAAUGGGCAUACCUCAUAAAGAAGUUAGAAUGAAUCCCAAAGUCAGCAUCGCCAUAACCGCGUCUCAGAUGUUUGGUAGACUGGACGUAACGACGAAUGAUUGGACAGAUGGGAUUUUCUCUAUUAUAUGGAGAAGAUCGACGCAAACGAAGAAAACAGAGAAUUUAUGGAUGGUCCUGGACGGUCCUGUGGAUGCCGUGUGGAUCGAGAACUUGAACUCCGUGCUGGACGAUAAUAAGACACUGACUUUAGCGAAUGGCGAUCGUAUAAUUAUGGCAUCUAACACUAAAUUGGUCUUCGAACCGGACAAUGUCGAUAAUGCAUCGCCAGCUACGAUAUCUCGUAUGGGAAUGGUGUUCAUAAGUGCUUCUGUACUAAAAUGGACUCCCAUUCUACAAGCAUGGUUUAAAACACAACCGCCAGCACAAGUAGAAGUGUUGAAUAAUUUCUUCAAUAAAAUUUACGACGAUGCCCAUACCUUUGUUCAAACGAAACUUCCGGCAAAAAUGCAACUCUUGGAAGCUCUUUACAUAAGGCAGUGCAUCGAUUUGUUGGAUGGUUUGCUUGGUACAAAUAAAGAUACGACUAGAACACUGCCGGAGUAUCACAUUGAGAAGAUAUUUCUUUUCUCGCUAAUGUGGAGUUUGGGAGCGGUAUUGGAAUUAGAUGAACGUAACUUAUUACAAGAGUUCUUACUUAAUCAUCAAUCAAAAUGUAAUUGGCCAAAAUGCAAGGAGGAUGAAACCAUCUUUGAAUAUCUGGUGUCAGAUGAUGGCCAGUGGAUGCAUUGGUCUGAAAAGGUCCCAGAAUUCAUCUAUCCGCCGGACGAAGUCUUAAAAUAUUACACUAUUCUAGUCCCUAAUAUAGACAAUACAAGAACUUUAUUCUUGAUUGAUAUUAUUGCGAGACAGGGGAAAGCAGAGAGCAAGGAACUGCAAAGACAGUUAUGGUCAAAAGCUACAUGUCACACUACGAUCCAGAAGAACAUCUCUAUAAAUCUUGCAGCUUUUCUUCCGCAUCUACACCCAAUAUGGUUCAGCUACGUGGAGAAAAGAGUGGGUACCACUUACGGACCGCCAGGUGGCCGAAAAAUGACCAUUUUCAUCGACGACAUAAAUAUGCCGGCUAUAAAUGAAUGGGGUGAUCAAAUUACAAACGAGAUCGUUCGCCAACUGAUGGAAUACAAAGGCUUUUAUUCACUGGACAAACCUGGCGAUUUCUGUACUAUACAGGACAUUCAGUUGCUCGCAGCCAUGAUCCACCCUGGUGGGGGUAGAAACGAUAUUCCACCGCGGCUCAAGAGACAAUUCAAUAUUUUUAAUUGUACAUUACCAUCCAACAAGUCCAUGGACACAAUCUUCAGAAGCAUUGGGCAAGGGUACUUCUGCAGUACCAGAUUCGACGAGAGUAUUGUGAACUUCUUGCCGAAAUUAAUACCAUUGACGAGAGUUCUGUGGCAGCAGACUAAGAGUAAAAUGUUGCCAACGCCGGCGAAGUUCCACUAUGUUUUCAAUUUAAGAGACUUGUCUCGAAUAUGGGAGGGCAUUCUCAGAAUAGAAAGUGCUGAAUGUGACUCCAGAAGCAGGCUGUUGAAGCUCUGGGAACACGAAUGUACCCGCGUAAUUGCAGAUCGAUUUACAAAUAACGAGGACACACAGUGGUUCAGAAACACAUUAAGAAGAACAGCGGAGAAAAUGUUAGGUUCUGAUUUUAGUUUCUACGUACCUGUCGAGACAUAUUUCGUGAAUUUUCUGCGUGAACCACCGGAACCUACUGGAGACGAACCGGAAGACUUCGUCUUUGAAGCGCCGAAGAUUUACGAGGAGAUGCCAAGUUACGAGGUUGUGAUUGCGAAGGUUCGACAAAAUAUGGAUCAAUUUAACGAGUACAUUCGAGGGAUGAGCAUGGAUUUAGUAUUCUUCCAUGAUGCUCUGGUGCAUCUGAUUCGAAUAUCGAGAAUCCUUGGCGUUUCUCGAAGCAACGCGAUGCUGGUAGGUGUUGGGGGAUCAGGCAAACAGAGCCUGACUCGACUGGCCUCUUUCAUCGCUGGCUUUAGUUUCUAUCAAAUUACGUUGACCAGAGCAAAAGUGUAUCAUAACAUUUUCAUCGCAAUAUCUUUAUCGACCCUGUCUAGGACUUACAGCGUUGGAAGUUUACUGGAAGAUCUGCGAAAAGUGUAUCAUACAGCUGGUGUGGGAAGCAAGGGGCAGACGUUCAUAUUUACCGAUAACGAGAUAAAAGAGGAAUCUUUCCUGGAGUACAUAAACAAUAUAUUGAGCGUUGGAGAAAUCGCGAACCUGUUCCCAGCAGAUGAACUUGAUGAAAUUUUAACGACAGUGACGCCUAUGAUGAAGAGCGACGACCCAAAGCGACCACCCACACCGGAUAACCUAUACGAUUAUUUCUUGACACGUGCGAGAGAUCAGUUGCAUAUGGUCUUAUGCUUUUCACCAGUUAGCGAGAAGUUCAGAUCACGAGCAUUGAAAUUCCCUGGUCUUAUAUCUGGUUGUACGAUAAAUUGGUUCUGGCGAUGGCCGAUAGAUGCUUUGUACGAAGUCAGUGACCACUUCUUAAAGAAAUACAAAAUAAUAUGCUCCGCAGAGACAAAACAACAAUUGAUAGAUGUUAUGGGAGACGUGCACAAUAAUGUGAAUGACGUUUGUGCACAAUAUUUCGAUAGAUUCCGGAGACAAGUAUACGUCACUCCAAAAUCGUUCUUAACUUUCCUCAGCGGAUAUAAACUACUUUACAAACAACGUUUGGAUAAUAUCAAUAUGCUCUCGUACCGUAUGAGCAGCGGUUUGAGCAAGUUAGUCGAUGCUGCAGCUCAAGUCGACGAAUUGCGUAAAAUUUUGGAGAAGAAUCAACAGGAAAUCGCGGAGAAGAACGUGCAAGUCGAGGCUAUCUUAGUCACUGUGAAUGAAAAGAAGAAAGAGGCGGAAAUGGUGAAAGCGCAGGUGCAAGUUUCUAAGGACGAGGCGGAAGCUAUUUUGAAAGUGAUCGCGAAAGAAAGAUCUGUAGCGGAGCAAAAAUUGAAAGCUGCAGAGCCUGCUUUAUUGGAAGCAGAAGCUGCCUUACAAACUAUUAAAGCCGCUGAUAUUGCGACAGUAAGAAAAUUAGGCAAACCACCAUAUUUGAUUACUCUCAUCAUGGACUGCGUGUUGAUACUGUUUGGAAGAAAAUUGGAUCCAGUUAAGCCUGACUACGAACGACAAUUUUUAACUCCUUCGUGGUCUGAAGCCUUAAAAAUGAUGGCUGAUGUUAGAUUUCUUUAUCACUUGCAAAAUUUUCCAAAGGACAAUAUCAAUGCCGAAACUAUCGAUUUGAUGCAACCAUAUUUGAAUUAUCCCUUGUACACGUAUGAAGCUGCAAAGCAAGCUUGCGGAAACAUUGCUGGCGUCAUUCAGUGGACCAUCUCGAUGGUUACAUUCUACGGAAUAAACAAAGAUGUUCUUCCAUUAAAAGCAAAUUUAGCUGUACAAGAAAGCAAAUACGAAAAAGCCAAUCGAAAUCUGAUGGAAGCUGAAAGUCUUUUGAAAGCGAAAGACGAAGACUUAAAAGUGGUGCAAAAAGAGUUCGAUGGUGUGAUGGAAGAACGUCAAAAAAUAGUUGAUUUAGCAGAAAUAUGCCAAGCGAAAACGGACACAGCCACGGCAAUGAUCGAGGGCCUUUCUGGCGAAAGAAUAAGAUGGACGGAGCAAAUAGCUGCCUUCAAAUCGGAAAUAGAUCGUCUGGUUGGCGAUGCGUUAAUUCUAAUAGGUUUCUUAUCGUAUUGUGGGCCCUUCAAUCAAGAAUUCAGGUCGUUAUUACAAAGACAAUGGUUUGAUUUUAUCCACGCUCGAAAGAUCCCGGUUUCUCUUAUGAUAAAUAUUACGGCUAGUUUGACUGACACUGCUACUAUUGGAGAAUGGAGUUUGGAAGGUCUGCCAACGGACGACUUAUCCAUUCAGAAUGGAAUUAUAGUAACGCAUGCAACCAGAUAUCCUCUUUUAAUCGAUCCUCAAUUACAAGGUAAAGCAUGGAUCAAGAACAAAGAGGAAGAAUUUCAGUUGCAGGUAACGUUCUUCUCACACAAAUAUUUUAGAAAUCACUUGGAAGACUGUGUUUCUCUGGGCCGCCCAUUGCUAAUCGUAGAUGUAGGAGAGGAAUUGGAUCCUGUUUUGGAUAAUUUGUUGGAGAAGAACUUUAUAAAAAUAGGAACUUUUUUGAAGGUGAAAUUAGGUGAUAAGGAAGUAGAUAUCCAUAAGGAUUUUAGACUUUACAUCACUACAAAGUUACCCAAUCCGUCAUAUACUCCGGAAGUAUUUGCACGUGCCGCUAUAAUCGACUUUACCGUUACUGUAAAAGGUACAAGAUUAGAGGAUCAAUUGUUAGGAAGAGUUAUUUUAACGGAGAAGAAAGAACUUGAAACAGAAAGGACGCAGUUGAUAGCAGAUGUAACUGCAAAUAAUAAAAAGAUCAAAGAAUUAGAAGCUAAUCUUUUACAUAAAUUGACCACCGUAGAGGGAUCUUUGAUAGAAGAUGUAGAAUUAAUGUCUGUAUUAAAUAUUACGAAACAAACAGCUGCUGAGAUAAACGAGAAGUUAAGUAUAGCGAAAGAUACGGAAUUGAGAAUCGAUUCAGCUCGAGAAGAAUUUCGACCAGUGGCAACACGUGGUAGUGUCUUGUACUUUUUAAUUUGCGACAUGUCUUUGGUCAAUUGCAUGUAUCAGACAGCGCUUUUGGAUAUAAAAAUUAGAUCCGAGAAGAGUCCAAUUAAUCAGCGAAGAAUCAAUUUCAUUAUCGAAUAUCUCACGUACGAAAUCUUCAAAUACAAAGCAAGAGGUCUCUACGAAAUUCAUAAAUACAUGUUCAUUCUACUGAUGACGUUGAAAAUUGAUUUACAACGUGAUGCUAUUUCUUACGAAGAGUUUCAGUACUUUAUUAAAGGUGGUGCAGCUUUGGAUCUAAACACAGUUGCACCAAAACCUUGCAAAUGGAUUACAGAUGUCACUUGGUUAAAUUUAAUUGCACUCUCUGCCCUAAGACAAUUUCACUACAUUCCUUCUCAAGUUCCAGCUUCUGAAAAGCUUUGGAAGCAAUGGUUUGACAAACCUGCUCCAGAAGAAGAACCAAUACCUAAUGGCUAUAAUGCAUUAGAUACUUUUCGUCGUUUAUUGUUAAUUAGAGCUUGGUGCAUAGAUAGAACACUGUCACAGUCAAGAAAAUACAUAUCAAGUUCAUUAGGAGAAAAAUAUGCAGAGCCUGUAAUUACUCUUUUGGAUGUGAUGCUCGAUGAAUCAAGGCCAGAUACUCCAAUGAUUUGCUUCCUGAGUAUGGGUUCUGAUCCUACGCACAGUAUAGAACAUCUUGCUAAAAAGUUGGAGAUAAUAUGUAGAAGUAUCUCAAUGGGGCAGGGACAAGAGGUCCACGCAAGAAAAUUAAUGCAAAGUGCAAAGACUGAAGGUUAUUGGGCACUGUGUCAGAAUUGUCACUUGGGUUUGGAAUAUAUGCAAGAGUUAGUUAAUUUUAUUCUGGAGAUGGAGGAUCCCCAUCCUAAUUUUCGUAUAUGGAUUACUACAGAACCACAUAAGGACUUCCCAAUAUCUCUUUUGCAAAUGUCCAUAAAGUAUACUUAUGAACCUCCACAAGGAAUAAGAGCAGGUUUGCUUGCCACAUAUAGUGGAAUGCAUCAAGAAAUGCUAGAUCAAUGUGAUGCUUCACAAUACAUACCAAUUAUAUACACAGUAUCAUUUUUACACACUAUAGUGCAAGAAAGAAGAAAAUUUGGACCACUUGGUUGGAAUAUACCAUAUGAAUUUAAUCUAUCAGAUUGGCUGGCAUCUUGCAUGUUCAUUAAUAAUCAUUUGAAUGAUUUUGAUAUAAAACAAGGAAUAAACUGGCAUACAAUAAGAUACAUGAUAGGAGAGGUACAAUAUGGAGGACGUGUUACAGAUGAUUAUGACAAAAGAUUGUUAAACACAUUUGCUAAACUAUGGUUUUCAGAUUCAAUCUUUUCAGAGGAUUUUGUGUUUUAUAAAGGAUAUCCAGUUCUCGUUUAUAAGCAAGUUACAGAAUAUUUAAAAAUAAUUGAUGAAAUGAAUCCUAUAGAUCCGCCACAAGUUUAUGGUUUGCAUCCUAAUGCAAAUAUCACAUAUCAAAGUAACACUACACAGGCUGUUUUAGAUACUAUAAUAUUUGUACAACCAAAAGAAGCAGGUGUGGGUGUUGGUGAAUCUAGAGAAGUAAUUGUAGCUAGGCAAGCAAAGGAAAUGUUAAAAAAAUUGCCACCAAGUUAUGACCCAUUUGAAGUAAAAGAGAGGUACACAAAACGAUUGCACGUAUUAGGCGCCACUGCACCAAUGACUAUUUUCUUGAAACAAGAAAUUGAUAGAAUACAAGUAAUUAUUACACUAGUGGAUGCUACUUUAAAGGAUCUUUUACUUGCUAUAGAAGGUGUUAUCAUAAUGUGUGAGGAAUUGAGGGAUGCUCUUGAUAAUAUAUACGAUGCUAGAAUACCAAAAUCAUGGAGAGCAAAAUCAUGGGAAUCAUCCUCUCUUGGUUUUUGGUAUACUGAACUGUUAGACAGAAACAAGCAAUUUUCUACUUGGUUGCACACUGGCAGACCAGUCAAAUUUUGGAUGACUGGAUUUUUUAAUCCACAAGGAUUUUUAACUGCAAUGAGGCAAGAAGUAACAAGGGUUCACAAAGGUUGGGCUCUGGAUAAUGUGACUUUACACAAUGAAGUCUUACGCUAUACAGCAGAAGAAAUUAAAACUGAACCUCAAGAGGGUGUUUAUGUAUAUGGACUAUUUCUCGAAGGAGCUGGAUGGGAUAGAAGGAAUAACAGACUAUGUGAAUCUGCAAAUAAAGUUUUAUAUGUAUUAAUGCCUGUCAUUCACAUUUUUGCUCUAUAUAAUGUCCCUGAUAAAGAUCCAAAAUUAUAUCAGUGUCCAGUGUACAAGAAACCACAAAGAACGUAUGUACUAUUUAUAACACCGCUUUGGUUGCAAACAAUUAGGCCACCAGAAUUUUGGAUUCUACGUGGUGUGGCUUUAUUAUGUGAUAUUAAAUAAAUGUAAAACUUGUAUCCUGCUUUAAAUUGAUAUACUUUAAAUAAAGAUAUGACACUUGUAUUUCAUUACAGAGCUAUUAAGAUAUCAAAAUAUUUCCACAUAACCUAUAAUUGAAAUUGUCCCGUAUUUAUCAUUGUUCAAAGAAUUAUCAUUGAGAAUCUAUCCACGUCGAGUAUUGAAAAUUCGUGAUAGUAUUUAUAGCUCUGAAUUUUGUGAAAUGUGCGCGAGUGCGCGCGUAAAUUGUGGAUUCUCAUUGAUUUAUUCGAGAAACUUUCGUCAAUGGUAUAACGAAUAAAAAUGUUGAAAACUUUCGUUGAAAAUGUUCAAACUCGAAGUAACUAGUGAACUACUGUCAUUUUAAAUCGCAGUGAAAGCAUUUCUCGAGUUUGCUAGUUUCUGAUGUUUUCUUUCCCUUGACAUCAUGUUACACUUAACAAUGAAUUAACGACAAUGAGUUAUUAACAGUGAGUUUCGAUAAAAUAUUACGAGAUGAAAAUUAAACGUCACAAUGGAAUAUAAUCGCAAAAUAAUUAUCGAUAGUUGCG